ACCUCUCAUGUCAGCAUCGGUCCCUGCACAGCAGAGGCUCGUCCAGCAGCUGGUUCAACAUCAGCUUCCCCUUCAGCCCGCAGCACCACCAGCACUGGGAAACAAGCAGCCCAACCUGCUACGUUUCCUCCUCCUCCGCCUCUAACCGGGGACCGACGACGUCCCGUCGCUCCAGUCCCGCCAACCCGGGUGGAAGCGACUCUGGACGGGAGGCUGAUCCCCAGCCAGAAGCCUUCUCCGCCGGAUAACAGGAGGAGUUCGCCAGACGUCUCCCCAUUCAGUCCCUCAAAGUUGAAAGGGCAGAGUCACACCUGGUGUGGAGCUUGGGGGGGUAAGUGGUCUCCUUUGGGCACCGUCAGUGGUCCGUACCCCCACAGGGCCGUGGCCUCGUGACUCUCAUGUUCAUCGCACAUCUUGUAUGAAAGAGAAGUCGACACAGGUUCUCCUUCAGUGUUCAGCUGUCCAGCAGCAUCUUUCGUGCUGUAACCAUUUUGGACGCCAUAAGAGAACCCCCACUUUUCAGUAGAAGACCAUCACUUCUACAACCCAGAACAGCAUUACCAAGCACACCUACACAGCAACCAGCUCCAUUCAGUAGUUUUCCAUGUCGAAGUCGGCCCAGAUGCCACUGUCCAACAUUACCGUGCCAAAGCCCUCCAUCUCCAGGGUCCCCAGCAGCAUGGAGGGCAUCAACCAUGAGCUGGAGAAAGUCUUCAUCAAAGACAAUGGAGAAAAAGAGGAGCUCAAGUCCUUGGAGGUCCCCGAUGGGCGUCGGGCACCCUUCCCUCCACAGCAGCGCAGCGGCAGCUCCCACAGCGUGGACACCCAGACUCCAUCGGCCCCUGGGCGGUCCAGCAGCUGCUCCAGUCUGUCGCCUUGUCCCUCACCAGCCUGCCCCCCAGGAUCACACGAUGGCAGCCCCUACUCCACAGAGGAUCUGCUGUACGAUCGAGAUAAGGACAGCGGAAGCAGCUCACCACUUCCAAAGUUCGCCUCCUCACCCAAACCCAACAACAGCUACAUGUUCAAGCGAGAGCCACCAGAGGGAUGUGAGAAAAUUAAAGCGUUUGAGGAGAUGAGCUCCAGGCAGUCGGCAUCGGCGUCCGUCCCCCUCUUCUCCUGCCCCGACAAAAACAAGGUCAACUUCAUCCCGACGGGCUCCGCGUUCUGCCCCGUCAAACUUCCCGGCUCCAUGCACCUCGCCCCGCCCUCGGAGGUGGAGGACGAGGAGAACGCAGAGGCUUCCUCAGAGCUCCAGGGGGCCGGCUCGUUUUACGGCAUCCCCACUCAGGUCUCCACGAGCACCAGCACAGACGACCCCCCGGAGGAGCCCAGCUCGCCCUCAGAGACUGCAGAGGCGCCGACAGACAGCCCGGCCAUCAGCUAGACUUGAGCAGAACUGACCUCUGUCUUUGGGACCGCCCCACAACUUGACUGUCCCACCAACAAACAGGUCCUCCCCGCUCCACCAAGGGAGCCUCCGUCUCUCUGUGCUGACCCCCUCCACCCGCCUUCUAUCACUGCAUGACGUAGCAACUCUGUCCCUUCAUAUCCACCGUCACAUAGACUCGCCACCUUGUCGUUCUGUCCUGAUAAUGUCUGAGCUGUUUGCAGGGAGCUGAUGGAUCUGAGGUAUGGUGUGCAGGCACCAGAGGGGAGAACGGAGCACUGUGGUUAGGGGGAGGGGCAUGCAUUUUAAACUGGUAGUUUAUUUCUGAUUAAAUUAUGUGUUGUGUUCUAUUUCAACAUUCACAGUAUGAAUAAGCUCUAAACAUAUACAUACACACACGUAUAUAUGAAUAAAUAUAUAUAUACACACACACACAUAUAUAGCUCUUUGAGAAGAAAGAAAAAUGCUUGUUUAAAAAGAAACCCAAACUGUGUAUAACUGUGUUAAGUAAGGAACAGGAUAAAGAAAACAGCUGCACUAUUCAGGAUUAUGUUUACACUAUCAGGUCACAAGUGAAACCCUGCGUCAGGCAAAGGCAACAAGAACAUAAUUUAGACAUCAACAACAACAAAAAAGACAAAAAGGGCCACAGUUGAUUGCACAGAGUCAGCAUCUGGCCUCGCUUCAGGGUGUUUCGCAAUCAGAGUUUAUUCUCAGGUAGUUUGGAAUGUAUGUCCAUACGAAAUCUCUUCGAAUUGAUCCACUCCCAUCUAGUCCCAGUUCUGUUCUCAUUCGCAGACAAAUCACCCUCUUUUUAUUCCAGAGUCCGGUGCGACACUAGACUGUAGGUAGUGGUUGCAGAGAGGAUUUGGAUUCAGACGCCUUUCUGGAACGCAGUCCGGACCACACACACUGUGACCGAUUCCAUUUACUGAGGCGUGUGUGCGUGCUGUGAUGAAAGCAUGUUGUGGGACUUGGAUCGUGUACAGGUGUUGCUGUUGAGGUGGGAUUGAGUUUCCUGAGCCUGCUGACGGUGGACCGGGCGUGGACGGGUCAAAGGACCCAACAGGAAGUCUCUGUCCUUUCCACAUGCAGAUUGGAGGUGUAGUAGUUAUACAAACAUUUCUUGUCCUUUGAAGGAUAGUUUGGAAUCAUUCUUAGCUCUUUUUCAGAAUAAGUUUACUUCUGUUCGCAGUUUAUGUAGGACCAGCCUGACCAACGUCGACCAGUUGCACUUGAGAAUUUCUUGGCGUUGGAUUAAUAAAUAAGCCAACCAGAUACACACAGAGCAGCAUCCCCCUCUAGUGGUCUGUGAAUGAAAAUGUAUUUUUGAGACAAAGGGUCCAGUUAUACAGUAUAUACUAAUAUCUUCUUUCCUUGACCAUUUUUUCUAAUCUUAUUUUAUUAUAAAAUGACAAUCCUACAUGAUUAUUUUAAAUGAAGACAACUGGACAAUGA